AUGCAUGGCUACCUCGACUGUCACUGUCACAUCUCCGCGGGAGAUUUUGACAAGGACAUAGACGCUGUUAUUGAAGACUCCAAACGGGCCGGGCUCUUGGCGUUGUUGGCCGUGGCCGAGCAUGCUGGGGAAUUUGAGAAGAUAAUUGCGUUGUCACAGAGAUUUCCAGGGUUUGUUUUCCCUUGCCUUGGAGUCCACCCUGUUCAAGAAGUGUCCUCUGUUGAACACAGAAGUGCUUCUCUACCGGAUCUGGAUGCUGCUCUUCCCAUAAUUGACAAAUACAAAGAACACCUUGUGGCCAUUGGAGAGGUCGGUUUGGAUUUUACGCCCAGGUACGUGAGCAGCGAGUCGGACAAAGAAAGCCAGAGGCAGGUUUUGAUCCGCCAGGCGCAUCUAGCUAAAGAGCUCGACCUCCCGCUAAAUGUCCACUCACGAUCUGCAGGGAGACCCACUAUCCAGCUCCUGAAAGAGCAAGGUGUGGAAAAAGCUCUCCUACACGCAUUUGAUGGGAGGCCCUCAGUGGCUUUGGAAGGGGUGAAAGCGGGAUACUUCUUCUCCAUCCCGCCGUCCAUCGUGCGUAGCGAACAGAAGCAGAAACUUGUGAAACAGUUGCCUCUGGAAAACAUGUGUUUGGAAACAGACUCACCUGCGCUGGGCCCUGAGAUGCAGGUGAGGAACGAGCCUAAGAACAUUGUCAUUUCGGCCGAGUACAUCAGCAUGGUGAAAGGAGUGUCGGUGGAGGAGGUGAUGCAGACAACCACGCGCAACGCACUGCGACUUUUUCCCAAGUUGAAGUUGACCGUCAAAUUGUAA